AUGUAUUAUUUACCCUUGAUCAGAAAAAGGUUGGCCUCUCAACUCUUCACAUCUAAACCUUCUCAUUCAAGAUCUAAUCCUCGGAGCAGGAUGAAACUGGUCCUGGAUGCUCUCCUGGUUCCUCGGAGCAGGAUGAAACUGGUCCUGGAUGCUCGCCUGGUUCCUCGGAGUAGGAUGAAACUUGUUCUGGUUGCUCUCCUGGUUCUACCUACAGUACUAGGAUCACAAACAACACUUGGAGGAAACUCAAAUAUAGAUAUGGACAAAUUAUUAGAAUCUAUUAGUUCUCUUCUUGGAGUUUCUAACUCAAUACAUUGUACUCUGGUAGUUGUUGGAAAUGUUCCUGUAUACCCUGAAAUCCCCGUCCUUUUCCUAUCGAAUGAAUCAGAUCUAAAAUCUAUAAUGGGCCUGGAGAACGAAUUCAACUACAUCACCCCCAGCAACUGCUGGAUUGGGUUCAUCAACAAGUAUACAGAGGAGAACAGAAACCUAUUGUAUAAAGUCCAGAACAUUCUGAAAAGUAUUCCGAAGUUUGUAAUGGUCAACUCAGCCAAGAUGUUGCUUGACGACCUGACCUGGGAUCGGCCGGUUAACUGGGUCAACAUAGUCGACCUUCAUUAUUUGUAUAUCAGAUGUGCAGAAUGCAGUACAGUUUACAGAGGAUAUUGGGACCCUGAGAAGAACCGUGUUUCUUCCAACCUUGAGAAAUAUCUAACCUCAGGACUCUGCUGUAAUCCUCAUUUUCAAAAAGAACUUAGGGUUUCUUAUACAACUUUUCCACCGUACUUUGAGAUGCCUGAUGUCAAGAACUUGAGCACCUUGAACACCAACACUCUGGAGUACUACUACCUCUCACUCUUCUUAGAAAAGAAUAGGAUGACUGUCAGCUAUAGAGACGCUAACUUCCAGUGGGGAGCAUGGGUCAACGCAACUAACUCAUGGAAUGGAGUUGUCGGAGAUGUUGGAUACAAUCUCAGUGAUCUCGGGAUAUCUUCUAUGGGAUAUUCAGCAAUCAGGCAAACCCAUGUUGAUUACACACAUCAUCUUCUUCCAAUGCACUUCAGAUGGAUUUCUAAGGCUCCAGGCAAGGUGGCUCCAUACAAGAACUUUAUUCUCUGCUUUGAUCCGAUGGUUUGGCUCGGAUUCAUUAGCAGUUUAAUUGCAAUGUCCUUAGCAGUAGCAGGAGCUGUCAAAGUAGGCCAGCUUUACGGUAUGCAGUACAAGGAUACAUACUGGGCACUGUUCGUACCAAUGGCAUACUUAUCUCAAGAAGGUGAUCAGAAAAUGUUCAACUCUGCGAAGAACAACUCUGGGCGAGGGUUCUCUGGAAACUUUCUCCUUCUCAACUGGGGAUUGACUGGCAUGCUGCUCACUUUCGCCUACUCCAGCAAUCUACUGGCUUUGCUUACCAAAGCAGAGUAUGGAGCUCCUAUUAAUAAUAUGGAAGAUGUAGUUAAAUCUGGUCAGAGGAUUCAGGUUGCUAAAGCUAGCUGGAUACAAGGAUAUCUAUCAACCUCUGGUGGAUACUGGGAGCAAAAGGCAUCUGAAAAGCUUCUGAAUUCUACUAAUGAGAGAGAUGGAAAGGAUAUUAGCUACAGGACAACUAUAGAUUUCUACGGACGGUUUAUCUCAGGAGACCCUAGGUACAGCAAACUACCGAAGGUUCACUUUAGCAAAGAGAUUAUCCGUCCCUACUAUACAGGCUGGGUGGUACAGAAGAUAUCAAAUCUACUGGAUCCAAUGAAUAUGCAUAUUCUGAGAAUGCAUCAGGCUGGUCUUGUGAACAAACCGGUUGAUUUUAUAUUACAUAAAGCUGCUCUAAUAGAAGAUCAAGAUAAUGAAGAUAAACUAGAACCUCUCAGUGUUCAGAAUCUGAUCGGAAUAUUUAUUGUGUACAUUGCUGGUAUGGGAAUAUCAUUUUUAGCAUAUACAGCAGAGAUACUUAUCCUAGCAUUCAAAUCUGACUGGAAGACUGGUGAGGGGGAAGUAUUUAAGACUAGGGGAAGGAAAAUUACAACCGCACAUGUAGCAUCUUUAAUCUUCGUUGGAAUAACUACUGGAACUAUAUCUAUCCUUGUUACAACCUUCAUGAUGUAUAUCUAACCCUUGCAGAGAAGAAAACCAGGAAGCUACUGAAAGAAAAACAUUUUAUAAAUGUAAAAAAAAAGAAUAAACAUAUAAAUAUAAGACCAUGUUUCUUUAGAAUAAAUAACUGCACAAAUAA